UAUGCUCGCAAAAGAUCCUAGAACAUUGGGAUUUCAUUUCGACAGCGAGAGCAUCUCCAUGAACGAAAGGAAUCGAUGAGACAUUUUCGUCGUCAAUUGUGUGAAGUGCGAUACAAAAACGGUGUGAACUUAACGUGACGAUUAGUCUUCUGUUUUGAACCUGUUUUGAUUGAGAACAGUACUUGAAACAACAAUGACGGAAGAGAAAGGUCUGACGCAGGAAUACAAGCUCGAACCUGACUGCGAGCUGCGGUUCGAACUUGAACAAAAGAAUGAAAAAGUUACAUUAGAGCUGAAAAGCGGUCUUGCCGAAGUGUUUGGUACAGAACUAGUUAAAGGGAAAAAAUACGAAUUCUCUGCGGGUGCAAAACUCGCAGUGUUCACAUGGCAAGGAUGCGUCUUAGAACUGGUAGGAAAGACAGAUGUGAUCUACGUGGCCAAAGAGACGCCAAUGGGUGUUUAUCUCAACUGCCAUGCAGCGAUGGAGCGAAUGCGUGAAACAGCAGAAAAAGAAGAUACAGUUGGACCUAUAACAAUGGUAGUAGGGCCCGGAGAUGUAGGAAAAUCCACUUUCUGCAGACUGUUGCUAAAUUAUGCAGUUCGAAUGGGGCGAAGACCUGUUUUCGUUGAUCUCGACGUCGGUCAAGGUGACAUAGCAAUACCUGGAACAGUCGGAGCUUUAUUAGUAGAAAGACCGGCAAACAUUGUCGAAGGAUUUAGUCAACAAGCCCCGCUUGUCUUUCACUUUGGUCACUCCAGUCCCAGCGCAAAUACUGCGCUGUACAAUCUUUUAGUUUCACGAUUGGCUGAAGUAUGUUCUGACAGACUUCAAGCCAACAAGAAAGCUAAGGCCUCAGGAAUCGUUAUAAACACUUGCGGCUGGAUCAAGGGUGCUGGUUAUAAACUACUGACUCAUGCUGCACAGGCUUUUGAAGUUGACGCGAUUUUAGUGCUCGAUCAGGAGCGUCUCUAUAAUGAGCUAGUCAGAGAUAUGCCAGACUUUGUGAAGGUCGUUUUUCUCCCCAAAAGCGGCGGUGUUGUUGAGAGGAGUAAAUCCUUAAGGACUGAAUCGCGGGACAAAAGAGUUCGCGAGUACUUCUACGGCUUUCGAACUCCGCUCUACCCUCAUAGCUUUGAAGUCAAAUGGAGUGAAGCAAGGCUCUACAAGGUGGGAGCUCCGAUGUUACCAGCGUCAUGUAUGCCUCUAGGAAUGAAAGCAGAAGAUAAUUUGACAAAACUGGUAGCCGUUAGCCCAGGUCCAAGUUUGCUGCAUCACUUACUCUCAGUCUCAUUUGCUGAUUCCCCUGAAGAUGACGUUGUACAAACCAAUGUGGCAGGCUUCGUAUGCGUAACUAACGUUGAUGUCGAGAGGCAAACUUUUAUGGUUUUGAGUCCACAACCAAGGCCGCUACCAAACACCGUCCUCCUUCUGUCUGAUAUACAAUUUAUGGAUAGCCAUUAAGCCAUUGAGGGAAUUUUACACGUGUAUAAACGCAACUGAAUAUUUUUACCAUACAAAAAUAUAUAUAUUUUUAUAGGUGACAGAACAAAUGAAUUUGAAGAUAUUUGAAACUUAUAUUGUGCAAAUGAUUUUAUUGUUUACCACAGUCCUAAAAUCAUUAGGAUGGUACAAUCUGGCUAAUGGAGUAAUAUUAUUAGAGCUAAAUUAUAAAUAGUUAGUAAUACUAUUAAUUGUGAGCAGUAUUUGAUUUGUAUUAAUUAGCUCCAUUUAGUAUUUUUAAGGCACUUUCCUCACUCUUGGAGUAAAAACUCAUGCAACUGAGUACUAAUCGCUCAGCAAAUGCCCUGAGCAAAUUCUGCAGACAGCAGCCUCUGAUUGCAACUGAGAAGUUCUUAAAAAGCUCACUUU